AUGAUUGGUAUACGAGAUUCCAAUAUAAGCAGUACCGAUAAUUAUAACGAUAAUAAUAACAAUAAUAGAACAUUAUAUGCAAAUUCCAGAGUAUCAAGUCAAAGAGAAAUUGGUACAGAUUUUCAAGAUGGAAAUCUGAGUUUAUCAGAGCAAAUUGGAAGUAAAGACGAUUCAUCAGGAUUUCAAGUUUCAAUAGGAUUCUGUUACAAUAAGGAAGCUGAAAAUCUUAAGAAGUUAAAGGUAAAAGAAUCAUUAAUAAAAUUAUCUGGGUUCACAGAUCUUUUUUUAUUCGUACAGGUUGAUACUGAUGAAGAUGAGAAAGUUAUAACAAAUUAUAUGGAAGAAUUUGGAAUAUUCAAGGCUGGAUUGAAGAAGCAUAGACUUGUAUUCUGUGAGAAGCUUGAAUCCAUUUCAUUUAUGGCAAGACAGCUACAAGCAAAUAUGCAUAUAGAUACUAAUCAGGAUAAUGAACAAAGGCUUUUAAAUAAAGUUCCAAACAUUUCUAUAUUAAGUUUAGAUGAUGAUGGGAGUUCAUUAUUUGAAUUAGUUGAGACAAUUGAAAAGGUUACCACAAAGCAAUAG